CAAAUUGUGUAUUAAAGAAAUUUUUUAUCAUUAUGCCACGCAAGAAGCGUUCUGCGAGUCCCUUUGAACUUAUGGAUGAUGAUUUUGAUGAUAACAGUUCUCAAAGUUCUCGCAAUGGUAAUCCGCCCAUACAACGUAACGCCGCCAAUGCCCGAGAACGGGCACGUAUGCGUGUUCUAUCGAGUGCAUUUGGAAGACUUAAAACAAAAUUACCCAACAUUCCAGCCGAUACUAAACUAUCCAAAUUGGAUACUUUACGUUUGGCCACUAUGUAUAUAAAACAGCUGAAAACCGUAGUCGAAGGAGGAAUAGGAGGAGCUGGUGCUGCCACCGCAACAAAUGGCGAUAUAAUGGAAGGCACUUUAAACAAUAUUGGCAAUAAUGCAACACAUAAUUAUUUAAAUUUAAAUACAGGAGUACAAAGUAUGAAUUGGCCUUUUGGUUUUCAUCAUCAUUUAUCGAAUUCUUCACUGAUACGUUCAUCACCUGCCACGUCCCUGAUUAAUCAUAAUACCUCUAACAAUAAUUGGAGUCCCAAUGGUGAUAAUAAUAAUGAAGAACAAUUAAAACCUUUACGUUAUGAGGACAAUUAUGAACAUAAUCAUCAUCAACAAGAACAAACUUCAUCUUACAUACAACACAACACGAAUCAUAAUCAUCAACCAAAUCAUUGGUAUUCAGAGACCCCAUCACCCGAAUUAGAUUCCACAUCAAGUACUUGUUUGACUUUUGAAAAUACGCAUCUUCAACAUCAGCCAUCAGAGCAGCAUCAUCAACAGCAGCAGCAACAAAUGCACAGUCAUCAUCAACAUCAUCAUCACCACCACCACAAUUUGACACAUUUACAAUCUGAUCCAACAACACAUUCCUCCUCAACAUUUCAAUUGCAACAUGAUUUCCAUCAUCAUUCGCAUCACCAUCAACAACAUCAGCCGUCACAAUUACAUCAUUUGCAUCAAAAUUCUUUUGUAAAUAAUUCAAAUUUUCAAUCAACUUCAAUACGUUAA